AUUUAUUUAUUUAUUUAUUUAAAUAUAUAUACACACACAUUUUUUAUCUACCCUAUUUUCUUUCCCUUAUUUUUUUUUCUUUUAAUUAUUUUUUUUCCCUUUUUCUUUAAUAUAUGUAUAUGUCUCAAAAUAUGAACAAUAAAAUUAUAGAAGAUACAAGUGUAGAAGAAUCAAGUCGACAUCAUAUUCAGACAAGAAGAACAAGUACCAAGUCAACUCGAUCGACAUCACCUAUUGUAACAGAGGAUGGCUCACCUGUUACGGACACUAAUGGUGGACGUGUUCUUACGCGGUCUCAAUCUGUUGAAUCGAGUGGUUAUGAAACAAAUAGCGACACCAAAAAAAGAAAACGAAAGACUACUACUACGAAAACCAAUAACAAUCAUCAUAAGAAGCUAGCUACAAAUUCUAAUAAUAAUAAAGAUGAAAAUGAACGUGAAACUAGAAAUACAACUCAACGAUUAUCAAAGGAAGCAAAGGAAGCAAAAAGAGCACAAAGAGAGAUUAUUAUUAAAGAAAGAUUAAAUGAAUUAGAUAAGCUUGAACAAGCAGUGAGAGAUGGAUCACAUUCAGAAUAUCAUAAAUUAUUAAAAGAAAUUGAAACCAAGAGAGCCAAAAGAUUAAAUGUUGCGAAAAUGCGUAGAUCACUCGCUGAAGGAAAUAUUACUAAAUUCUUUCAUUCUCAAAAAUAUGCAGCCUAUUCACAAUUUUAUUGGGAAAAGUUGGCGCUUAGACGAUAUAUGAUACAACAAGUUCAACAAAAAAUUAAUAUAUUAGAACAAGAAUAUUAUUCAAAUCAUGUUCAAACUUCGCUAGAUGAAGAUCAUUUAACUGAAUGGGUGCCUCCUGAAAGACCUACGAUGAUUAGUUCUUUAACAUUAGGUUUGUCUAAAGAAGAUACAGAAAAUGAUAUUGAAUGGGCAAAACAAAAGGAAGAAGAUAGUCCGCGUAAAUCAUCGCCUCCCUUAGAUAUGUUGGCAUCGCUGGCCGAUCGUCAAUAUCAAAAAGAUUUUAAUAAACAAGAAUUAUCAUUAGCGACCGAAACGUCUUUUAACUUGCCUCCUUUAAACCCAUGGAAAUAUGAUCAACAAAGACCUUCUUUACCAACUUGAAACUCAGAACUUCCUUUGUUGAUUACAUAUAGAUAAUAAUAGAUAUGCCUCAUGUAUAUAUGCAUAUAUAUAAAGGCCUUAAUUCUUUUGUUAAAGAUAAAUAAUAAAAUCGAAAAUUAAAAA